UCAUAACAAUCGCCAGAUAAAUUAGGCCUUUGUAAACAGCAAUUACAAAAAUUACGGGAAUAAGAACAAGAAAACAGUAAACACUUCGUUAUCAAGCAACCCUAAUUACCUCAACAAAGCCCAAGUACAUAGCAGAGAUAACACAGGUUAUGCGUUAGAUGAAGCUGUGGUCCACUGUGAAAACAUGCAAGUGUGUGGGUGCCUACCUUGUGUGCCCAGAAGGUACAUGAUAUGCCUGCUGUGCUUCCUAGGCUUGAUGAUAACCUACAUGAUGAGGUUCUGUAUCAGCUUAGCUAUCACAGAGAUGGUCAAACCUCACGUUAGAAAUAUUACCUCAACUGUGCCCGGUCAUGUACAGUCCUGUCCAUACGACGACAACAGGAUACAACACACAUCAGUGGAUAUGGACAAAGGAGAAUUCAAGUGGAGUGAGCGCACACAAGGGCUUGUAUUGAGUUCGUUCUUCUGGGGCUACGUGGUGACCCAGGUGCCGGGAGGUAUACUAGCAGAGAGAGUGGGUGGGAAGUACACCCUAGCGUUCGCGUUGCUGCUACCAGCACUGUGUACUCUAGCAACACCACUGGCAGUCUACUGGGGCGGCGUCUGGGGUCUCAUAGUGCUCAGGAUAAUCAUGGGCUGUGGCCAGGUAAGUGUACUAGCAGAGAGAGUGGGAGGGAAGUACACCCUAGUGUUCGCGUUGCUGCUACCAGCACUGUGUACUCUAGCAACACCACUGGCAGUCUACUGGGGCGGCGUCUGGGGUCUCAUAGUGCUCAGGAUAAUCAUGGGCUGUGGCCAGGUAAGUGUACUAGCAGAGAGAGUGGGAGGGAAGUACGCCCUACCGUUCUCAUUGGUGCUACCAACACUGUGUACUCUAGCAACACCACUGGCAGUCUACUGGGGCGGCGUCUGGGGUCUCAUAGUGCUCAGGAUAAUCAUGGGCUGUGGCCAGGUAAGUGUACUAGCAGAGAGAGUGGGAGGGAAGUACACCCUAGCGUUCGCGAUGCUGCUACCAGCACUGUGUACUCUAGCAACACCACUGGCAGUCUACUGGGGCGGCGUCUGGGGUCUCAUAGUGCUCAGGAUAAUCAUGGGCUGUGGCCAGGGUUUUGUCUAUCCAUCCCUAAAUGCUCUCCUGGCUAAAUGGGUAGCAGAAGAAGAAAGGGGAAGGCUGGGAGCCAUGGUAUUUGCUGGAGCAAAUUUCGGCAAUGUAGUCUCCAUGAGCAUGGGUGGGCUUCUACUCAGCUGGAUGCACUGGUCUGUGUUGUUCUACACAUACGGAGCUGUGGCUCUACUGUGGCUCUGGAUGUGGCUGCACUGUGGAUAUAGCGGACCUGAAGACCAUCCAGGGCUGACUGACGGGGAGAAGCGCUACUUGCAGAAAUACUGGGCCAAGGUCAACAUGAAACAGAAACUGCCCCCGACCCCGUGGCGACACAUACUCACAUCGGUCCCUCUAUGGGGACUUGUGGUAGCUCAGAUAGGCCAUGACUGGGGACUGUUCACCAUCGUCACAGACCUGCCAAAGUAUAUGAAAACUGUCCUUCACUUCUCCAUUGCCCAGACCGGGCUGAGGUCUGCAGCACCAUACUUAGCCAUGGUGUUUACUGCUGUCUUUGCAGGCACUCUGGUAGACUUUCUGUUAGUCAAGCAAGUUACUUCUGUGACCGUUUCAAGAAAGCUGUUUACAACAGUAGCUUCAUUGGGCCCUGCUCUCGGUAUAGUAGCUGCCUCCAUGGCCGAGUGUGACAAGCAGAUAGUCACUUGGUGUCUGGUGAUUGGGAUGGGACUUAUGGGCUUCUUCUAUCCCAGCCUCAAGGUGAACUGUCUGGAUCUCUCUCCCAACUACGCUGGCACUGUCAUGGCACUUGUGAACGGUAUUGGUGCGUUGUCCGGCAUCGUCACACCCUACCUUGCUGGCUUGCUCAUACCUGAUAAUACUAUGGAGCAGUGGCGCAUGGUGUUUCUGAUAGUGGCAGCAGUGUUAGUAUUGACCAACUUGGUAUAUAUAUUUACUGGCUCAGGGGAAGUACAGUACUGGAACGACCCACCCCCUCGGCCAAAAGAAGACAGGUCAGGAUUGAAGUUUCAAAGUGAGAAGAGGGUUGUGACUCUAGUGGAUGACUUGACAUGUCCCACAGACCAUGGGUUUAGGAAAACUGUUAGAGAAGUUGUACUGCCCAGGGUUUAUGAAACAAAAAGAGAACGGGAUGGUAAAGAGGUGAAAAUAAGAUGAGAAAUGUGUAUGACCACCUAGACUCAGGAAUAUUGAAUUGUGAACAAUUAGAG